GCGACCGAUUCAAGCGCACGUUUCGCGGCCCUCCUCUCUUUUAUCUCUCUUCUGGCGAAACCUAGAGCAGAAGGUCUACCUCGAUUCCUCUUCCAUCAGUCUCAACGAGAAGCACGCUAAGGUAAAGACAUCCCUCUUAGCAGAUCUGCGUCCAUCACUCCUUCUGGUCGUUAUGGGCGGAGGCAUUGGAUUUGGCUCAUGCGGAUGCGUAGCUGAAGUCGGCCGAGUCUGAGGUCUUGGAGAGGAGGGAGAAAACGGUUUUUUCCUUCCUUGUUUUUUUUGUUUUUGAUUUCUUCGGUUUUGUGUGUGGUGCUGUGGUUGGAGGAGAUUCGGCGGAGGAGAUGAGUGCAUCGAGGUUUAUUAAGUGCGUCACGGUCGGGGACGGUGCCGUCGGAAAAACUUGCAUGCUAAUUUCCUACACAAGCAAUACGUUUCCCACGGAUUACGUUCCGACAGUUUUUGACAAUUUCAGUGCUAACGUAGUGGUGGACGGAAACACAGUUAACUUAGGUUUAUGGGACACUGCAGGACAGGAAGACUACAAUAGGUUGAGACCUUUGAGCUACCGAGGAGCUGACGUUUUUUUGCUUGCCUUUUCUCUAAUUAGUAAAGCUAGUUAUGAAAAUGUUGCAAAGAAGUGGAUUCCCGAGCUGAGCCACUAUGCACCUGGAGUGCCUAUAAUUCUCGUGGGUUCAAAGCUUGAUCUUCGUGACGAUAAACAAUUCUUUAUAGAUCAUCCAGGUGCUUCACCCAUAAGUACUAGCCAGGGUGAAGAACUGCAAAAGCAAAUCAGUGCCGCUGCAUACGUCGAGUGCAGCUCCAAGACUCAGCAAAACAUCAAGGCGGUAUUCGAUCAAGCUAUCAAGGUAGUACUUCAACCCCCCAAGAAAUCUAAGAAGAAAAAACAACAGCGAGGUUGCUCCAUUUUGUGAUGAUGAUCCAGCACAUUGACGAAAAGCUAGCGGAAACUCUUCUCAUGUUUCUGAAGUUUGGCCGCUUCCAUGGAUUAACCAGUUUGAUUUUUUUAUUUUGACUUGUGAAGAUCUAUAACUGACUUGAUAGAAUAUGCCCAUUCAGAUUUCAUCUUUAUGUUAGGGAAAAUGUUGUUUGAGCCUGCUUUCUUUGAACAACCAUUGGCACUGAGAUUAUCACGUCAUUGUAUCUUUAUAUGAUUACUCUUUUUUCAUUUCUCUCCA